UUGCGCGGGAAUCAUGGCAGAAAAAGCACCAAGCAGUGGACCAUCUCCUUAUAAUAAAGAUGAACUCAAUCCACCGGAUUUCCUCAAUGAGGCAUUCUUUCUCGGCGUUCUUCAGAAAGUGGAGAAGGACAGGGAUCUCAAGAUAGCGAAGUUCGAGAUGAUUCCGGGUACAAAGGCGGGAGAUCAUUUCGCCAGUAUUAUGUUCAAAGCCAUCAUUUCAUACACAUCGAGGGGAAAGGAAGUGAACUCCAGAUCACUCGUCGUGAAGACAAUGCCCGUCGAGGAGGGAGUAAAAAAGGAAAUGUUCACCGAAAUGCCCAUAUUUGACAGGGAAAUUGAAAUGUACACGAAAGUCCUUCCUGAGAUGGUCAGACUGAUGGAAUCUAUUGGUGAUUUUGAAGAACUUGCUCCCAGGAUGCUCUAUUAUAGCACAGAUCCUCUGAUUAUCAUCUUCGAGGAUAUCAGCAAAUUUGGCUAUGAGAUGCAUCAGGGUUUCCUGGAUUUCGACAAUGCCAUUAAAAUUGUCAAGAAAUUGGCCAAAUUUCACGCGCUGUCCUUCUAUAUCAAUGACAAUAAAUAUGCCCAUAAAUUCGAUUUCACCAAAUACAAAGGCAUAAUGAUAACAGAGAACACCAUUGACAAGAUGCAAAUACUUGCCGAUGGAUUGGUAGCAAUGAAGGAAGAAGUGGAAACAUGGCCAGGAUUUGAGAAAAUCGCUGGGAAAAUCGAUGAAGUCAGGCUAACUUUCUUGAGAAAGCUCUUGAGCGUGUACCACCCUAAUCCCGAACCCGGAUUCAAUGUGCUCUGUCAUGCCGAUUUUCACAUCAAAAACAUGAUGUUUAUCAAGAAUGGCGAAGACAUUGAUAAGAUAUUUUUAUUGGACUUCCAAAUGUGCUUUUGGGGAUCACAAGCUGUUGAUCUAAUUUAUGUACUCUACGCAAUCGGCAAUGCCGCGACAAGAGCGCGAAAAGGUGAAGUUGUAUCGAUCUAUCAUAAGACGUUCAAUGAGUAUUUGGAGCGAUUGGGAUGCCUGCGCAAAGGACCUUCUCUAUUGGAAUUGAAUAUUGACAUAAUGAAGCAUGGACAAUUGGAGAUACUUCUGGGAUUGUGCUUCUUGCCCUUCUUCAGUCUGGACUUCACGAAAGUCGAUAUGGAUCAGGUAAUGGAUCCCACACCUGAAAUGAUGGCACAAAUGCAGAGGAUGAUUUACAAGAAUCCAGACGUUGUUGACAUUCUGAAAGAAGUUCUUCCAUCGCUACUCUACAAAGGUCUUCUGGAUUGAGAAAAUUAAGGCACAAUUGUAUUAAGAAUUUUGAAAUUGCCAUGCAUUUGUAUUCAACUGAUGUUCCAAUAUUAUUUCAAACGUGGCAUAUUGUAGUUACAGAUUAAUUUAGAAAAUGAUUAAACUUGUACAGUGACUUCUUAAUCAUUGUUAAAUAAAUUGUUGAAACAA